AAGGCGACCGCUCUUCCAUUCCGCAUCUCGAACAUCAUCCCACUUUCCUCUUCGAGAAGGGUUUAAGGUCCGACCUGGUCAAAGCGAGAAAGAAAACGAUAGUUCGGAUGCAUCGAUUCUUCGACCGUCAACUUUGAACUCAGGUUGAAUUCCCAUCACCGGGAGGGCACCUUGCCAUCACGGUCGUUUAAUUUGUUGCGUUGCGUGACGAAAUCACACCAUGUCGAAUCGCUACUCAGUCUACUCCAGCCAUUCGGCUGGCUUGUCGGGCGCCCGUCCUGCCCCCCAGUCAGGCGCUCAGAUGUCAACAACGACGCUGUUGAAUGCGUUGCACGCAUAUUACAACUCCGGACAGUCGUAUCAGCUCGACGCAGGUACCAGUCUGGCGGUCAAUACCUGGGUUACUGCGACUCAGCCAAGUCCGGAGGGUCACGAGGGUGGCAUCAUUGAUCGGGAAUUGCCCGUUCGAGCAUGGGAACAUGCGAGGAGAAGAGCAGAGGAUGGCUGCAUCGUCCUAAGCUCGACUCACCAAUCGACUCCGUCUCUUCUGGAGCCGUUCCUCACCGCAUUGCCUCUCUCCACGCCCAGCAUCACGUUUACCGCUCUCGCCGCUUUGCGACCCUUUUUCUCCGCUGUAACUUCCUUUAAUCCGUCCUACUCUCUAUACUCCGCUUUCUCCGCGUGCUACACUCUGACUCUGAAGGGCGAUAUCACGGGGCUCUCGUUGGCGCUUUCGACAUCGGGCAUCAAUGUUCAGAAGGGCUUCCUCGACAUCCCCUCGGAGCCGGGGUACCGUGCGUUCGAUGUAUUUUAUUAUCUUUUGACGGCGGCGUCGACGCCGGCGGAGCGGGAGUUCCUGGAUUUGAAGGAACCCUCCGCGUAUGCGUUGCUCAGUAAAUCGGGCACUUACUCCCCUCCUUCAUACCUUCCCACCGCGGACGAUGCUGCCUCUGCCGAGGACUUCCGCGCUGCGCUGAAGGCGAUUGGAAUUAAGGGCGCCGCUCAGCGUGGCCUGCUUUCGGUGCUUGCCGGUCUGCUCAAGCUCGGCAACGCCGUGGGCUUCUUGGUUGAUCAGGAAGACCUUGAGGAAGCUUGCGAGGAUGUUGGGGGCUUGCUGGGACUGGAUCCUGAAGUUCUUCUUCACAAAUGCUCGACCGACGACCGAGGAUUCCUUAUCACCGGUGUCUACGAGGCUUUGGUUGAUUGGGUGAUCGGCAAAGCCAACGAGGCCAUUGCGAAUGAGAUCCAGUCCAUCCACGAAAAUGACCCCAGCAGCAGUGGUUCGGGUCAUGCUGCCGACGAUGACACCGUAAGCAUCACUGUUGUCGAUAUCCCCAGGCCUGCUCUCGGUAAGGCGGUAGCCAUGAGAGGGGUUUUUGAUGAUGAACUGGGGAUCAACGCGGAAAUGAAAGAGGACGGAGUUCCGACACCUUUUGUCGGACAUGCUGUGGUAAACGAGACGACUGCGGCCGUGUCUCAGGUCGAAGCGGAUCUCGGGAUCACAACGGGGGUCGCCUGGCGCGAACGCGAAUACGACGUUGACAAGCGACAGGAAGUAUUGGAGAAAGUGAGUCUUGAGGUUGAGGCAGACGCUUUUCUCCGUCAGCUUCUCCUCCCCGUGGAAUCCGAGGGAAUCACGGUCGGCCAGAGGGGCCGUUUCGACCUUGCGACCGUUCUCGGCAGCAGUCGUGUUUGGCAUCACAUUUCCAUCCACCCAACUGAUGAAUUGCCCGAAGCCUUGGCUUCCAUGCCCGCUUCUGCGGCCUGGGCGGCGGGCGCGGUGUCGCGUCAGAUCCGCGAGUGGCGACUGAGCGAAUGGGCCAACCGGCGUCUCAAGCAGCUCGACUUCACGGCCGAUUUCGACGUGGAUGAGUUCAUCGGCCGAUAUGCCCGACUUGGUUGCGCAGAGGGUAAGGAUGGCGUCGAGAACUGGAUCCUCGAAAGAGGAUGGACCAACGGCGACGCGGUGGUCGGCCAUCAACGAAUCUGGAUGAGAGAAAACGCGUGGUGGGAAGCCGAAACCAUGCUCGACAUGAAGCCCGACGAGUCGCCGGCGGUGAAUCCUUUCAUGUACGGAUCCAGUAUGCUCGACGCUGGGGUUCCCUCAUAUGGAAACACCCCCAUGGCCGAGUCGACCAGCCUGCUCGGAAGCCGGGACAAUCUUCUGCAACGACAAAGCAUGCUCGCUCCCAGUGUUGGCGGGGGUGCCAAGUCGAUUGCACCCAGCGUGCCGCAAACCCUCAACAUGGGCGGUGACUACGGAUUGGGCUCCAAGGGAGAUGAAAAGAAAUGGGACAACCCGUACUAUAACGGCGAAAUGGACCCCGAGAUCGGCCAGCCGCAUCAUAUUGAGAACCAGGAGAUGACCUUGGGUCGACGUGUCUGGGUCGGGUUUGUCUGGGCUAUGACGUUUUGGAUCCCCUCCCCUGCCCUCAAGUAUAUUGGCCGAAUGAAACGCCCUGAUGUGCGUAUGGCAUGGCGAGAGAAGUUGGUGCUCGUUUUCCUCAUUCUCCUUUUCAACGCAGUUGUCUGCUUCUAUAUCAUGGCUUUCGGUGAUCUGCUCUGCCCGAACAAGGACAAGGCCUGGAACGAGAAAGAACUGGGCUAUCAUCAAGGCAGCAACGACUUUUACGUCAGUAUUCACGGCAAGGUCUACGAUAUCAGCAAAUUCGCGAAACAGCAGCACAGUGAUUCCAACAUUGAAACUACGUCGUCGAACAUGGAGCCGUUCAUGGGACAGAUAAUGGAUCCGUAUUUCCCCCCUCCGCUGACCCGUUUCUGCGAUCCUUUCGUCACCGAUGAGUCGAUCACUCUGCAGUACAACAAGACCGAUGCCGUCCAGUAUGCCAAUGCCAAACAUGACUGCGGUCCUCGAAACCAGCCAGACCCAGACACCAAGUUGCACAGCAUCACCUGGUAUGAGAAGAGGUUCUUGCCGAAGAUCAAGGAGUACUACAAGGGAGACCUGGUGUGGAAGAAGAGCGUGGUUUCUAAGCAAGCCGAUUCCGAUUCGCGUUACUGGGUGAUCAAGGACAAGACCAUCUACGAUUUGACCGACUACUUCUACACCUUGAAGCGGAUGAACAACGGCGACGAUUACAGCUUCCUCCCAAGCAGCAUUACGGAGUUGUUCAAAAACAAUGCUGGUGAGGAUGUCACAAGCAAAUGGCCAACGUCGAACGAUGCACAGGAUGCUCAAAAGUGUCUUGAUUAUGUCUUUAAAAAGGGAAUCACGGACUUCCGUGACGAGCCGAAGUGCACAGUCAACAACUGGAUUCUGCUGGCAUUUACCUGCUUGAUCUGUGCUGUCAUUCUAGUCAAAUUCUUGGCUGCACUCCAGCUUGGAACCAAGCGUCGUCCCGCCCCGCAGGACAAGUUCGUCAUCUGCCUUGUGCCCGCCUACACGGAGGGUGAGGAUGCGCUGCGCCAAGGUCUUGACUCUUUGACGGCUCUUCAGUAUGACAACAAGAGGAAGCUCAUCUACGUGAUCUGUGACGGUAUGAUUGUUGGUGGCGGUAACGACCGACCCACGCCUAAGAUCGUGCUGGACAUCCUUGGAGUUGACCCCAAGAUCGAUCCCCCUGCGCUGCCGUUCAAGUCUAUUGGACAGGGAAGUGAUCAACUGAACUACGGCAAGGUCUACUCCGGCCUGUACGAGUACGAGGGUAACGUCGUGCCGUACGUCGUCGUGGUCAAGGUUGGAAAGGAGUCCGAGCAGAGCAAAUCCAAGCCCGGCAACCGGGGUAAGCGUGACUCUCAGAUCCAGCUGCUCAGUUUCCUCAACCGCGUGCACCACCGCGCUCCGAUGUCGCCUCUCGAACUGGAGAUCUUCCAUCAGAUCAACAACGUGAUCGGUGUUGACCCCGAGCUGUACGAGUACUGUCUCAUGGUGGAUGCCGAUACCAGUGUUCGAGAAGAUUCCCUCAACCGUUUAGUUGCUGCCUGUGCCAACGAUGCCCGCAUUGCUGGUAUCUGCGGUGAGACCAGUCUACAGAACGAGAACCGCAGUUGGUGGACGAUGAUUCAAGUGUACGAGUACUAUAUCUCUCACCACCUUUCCAAGGCAUUCGAAUCUCUAUUUGGCAGUGUGACCUGUCUUCCUGGAUGUUUCUGCAUGUAUCGUCUCCGGACUGCGGACAAGGGUCGCCCUCUGAUCGUGGCAGAUAAACUGGUCCAAGAGUAUGCUGAUAUCAAUGUGGACACCCUGCACAAGAAGAACCUGCUCUCCCUGGGAGAAGAUCGUUGGUUGACUACGUUGAUGACGAAGCACUUCCCGACCAUGUCGUACAAGUUCAUUCCGGAUGCCUAUGCCAGUACUGCGGUGCCCGAGACGUGGAGUGUGCUGCUCUCGCAGCGACGUCGGUGGAUCAACUCGACCAUCCAUAACCUGGUGGAGUUGGCAGCUCUGAGUGAUCUCUGCGGUUUCUGCUGUUUCAGUAUGCGUUUCGUCGUGCUGGUCGAUCUGAUCGGAACGGUGAUUCUUCCGGCGACCUGCGUCUACCUGGGAUACCUGAUCUACCGUGUGGCCAGUCACACCGGCCCGUUGCCGCUGAUUUCCAUCUGUAUUCUGGCCGGUGUGUAUGGUCUCCAGGCCAUCAUUUUCAUCCUGAAGCGACAGUGGCAGCACAUUGGAUGGAUGAUCAUCUACAUCUGUGCCUACCCGGUGUACAACUUCAUUCUGCCGCUGUACUCGUUCUGGAAGCAGGACGAUUUCAGUUGGGGAAACACGCGUGUGGUUAUCGGGGAGAAGGGAUCCAAGCGGGUGGUCGCGGUGGAGGACGAGGUGUUUGACCCGCGCAGCAUUCCGCUGCAGCGCUGGGACGACUACGCUCUCGCCAACAACCUGCCGGGCCGCCGUGGAGACUACAGCAUGAGCCAGGAGAAGGUGUAUGGCGGCCGGUACAUGGACGACAUGGCCAUGGAGAUGGAUGACAUGCACUCCAACUACUCGUCCGUCAAGCCGGCGUCGACGAUCCUGACGGGAUUCCACGGACAGGGCCGCAGCGGCAACCCCUACAUGCCGCCGCAGUCGCCGGCUCCGUUCGGCGGCAACAUCCCGGGCAACCGCAGCUCGCACAUGUCCAGCUUCAGCCGAUACACCGACAUGCCGCUGCAGGGACAGCACACGCCGCGACAGUCGAUGGGCAAUCUCAGUCAGUUCCACGAGAGCGGCAUGAGCACGAACCGACACAGCGUGGGAUUGAUGCAGAGCACGGACAACCUCUUGACUGCUCGGCCCAACUCUCGCAGCCCGGUCGGCGGGUUCCAGUCGCGGCCGCAGAGCGCGUUUGACUUCCGCGGCAGCACCGGCGGGCCUGACGAGAUGACGAUCACGGAGGCGAUCCGGGGGUGUUUGGCGGAGGUGGAUUUGGACACGGUGACGAAGAAGCAAGUUCGAGCACUGGUCGAGCAGCGACUCCAGACGACGUUGACGGGCGACAAGCGGGCGUUCCUGGAUCGGCAGAUUGACCAAGAGCUGGCCAGUAUGUAGUGUAUUUUUUUUUUUUUCUUAUUUUUU